AUGAUCAGUUUCGAUAUAACUGGGCUGUGGAGCGUCGAAGACCCAGACGCGCUGUUUCAAUCCGUCCUCUUUUUUCUCGGUAGUGCAGCAUUCGCAUUUCAGCUGCCGGACUUGACCCAAUGGGCGCUUCGGUGGACGGGCAAGAGCAACAAGAGGAAACGGAGCAGACCUGUGUCCAUUGACAAGCUCGAAACCAAAUUUCUCUCCGUAUUUUGGCUUUUAAGAACCUCCUUCUGGAUGAGUGGUCCAUACUUUUACUCGGCAUGUGCAUCCAAGAUGCAAAAUGGCAAUCCUCUCUCAGUGUCUACUAUUUCUCAAAUUGCGUUGGUUGGAUACAUAUCUACGCCAAUACUUGGUCCGUUGGCUGGUGACUUUUUGUCGAGAAAAGGACCGAAAGUCGGGAGCAUAAUCGCGGCGAUUUUCUACGGUAUCGGUGGAUUGUCACUCUGCUCCAAUUCCCUGCCAAUUAUGUUUCUUGGAAGGGCAUUCGGUGGGUUUGGUAGCUCGUUAAUGAGCAGUGCUCCAGAAGCAUGGCUUGUAGCUGAAGCUAAACGGAAGGACAAAGAUGCCUCCGUAGUUUGGCUUCGUGCAAUAUUUGGACGGGCAUUUCAAUUUGAUCCUAUUCUGGCAAUUCUUGCAGGGAAGCUGGCUGGAGUAUUUGCGUCUUAUCGAGGGCCAACGGGGCCUUUUGAAGCUCAGCCACUGAUCUUGGGAGCAGCAAUUGGGAUGAUUUUGCUGCUAUGGAAUGGUCCAUCGAUUCAAAAUGAUACUGAAACAACCAAGCAGGAAAAAGAUCGGGAGACAUUGAAGAGUGUUUUCAAGAGCGAGGUCAUGACAAACUCCAAUGUCUUUUUGGUUGGCUGUAUCCAAAUGCUCUUCGAGUCCGCCAUGAAUAUUUUUGUAUUAUUAUGGCCUCCUACGAUGAAUGCUGCUAUCAAGGCUGUUUAUGGAGAGACAAAAACUCCUUUUGGUAGUAUCUUCUCGUGUAUGAUGUGCAGUUGCUUGGUCGGCGGUCUAUUCUUUGGCGAAGUGUCAAGAGUAUUUGGAUUCAAUGUUUCCAUGAUUUCACUCAUGUUGUGUGCAACGCUAUCCAUGUGUCUGGCAGCAUACUCUGUAGCGACUUUCGAUCCAGAGGGCAAUGGGACACAACACUUGAUUCAGCUGACUACCGCAUUUCUGAUAUUCGAAGGAUGUGUUGGUGCCUAUUUUCCGUCGAUUGGAAUCUUGCGAUGCAAUCACUAUGGCAAUGGGAACUUACAGCUUUUGCUCACUCUGUUUCAAUUCCCGACGAAUGCCAUUGUUGCCGUUGUCUUCGUCUGCCUGCAGUCACUUGGAAACACGAGAGCCUUGUUCUUGACUUGUGCUUUGUUGGGACUAGGAACUUUGAGCAUGCUUAUACUACGAUUCGAUAAAGACAAACGAAAGAGAAAACAGGCUGUGGAUAAGCUGAAAGCGGCCGUUAAGACAACGAUGCAUUCAUUCAACUCAGACGCUGAAAAGGCCAAGGGUGAACCAGAAGCUCGUCCAAUGCAUCGAAAACGUCAUUCGCGUCGGCCUUCCUUGCACGAGAUAGGACAGGAUGGUCUUGUGAACAGAGCUUCUUUUACUAUGCCACUAUAA